AGCCGCGGGCAAAUAGCUUGCCUUCUACAGCCAGCCGAUACGGCAGUCGCUGCGCCUGCGCCCUGCGGCCGACGGCGCCGCAGCCGCUUCCCCCCCUGGUCCGCGCGCUCGGCCCUGACUCCGCUUCCGCCCGGCGGAGUUUCUGCGCAGAAACGCUGCGCAGUAGCCGAGCCAGCUCAGGUGGUUGGACGACGCUGACCGACCAAUAGCGCGACGGCUUACAACCGUUAUCUCGGGGCUGCCGUUCCGAGGGGUCGCGCCGUCGACCAAUCGCAGCGGCCGUUACAUCGUAGCUAGCCGUGCCAGGCCCCUGUAGCACCGUUCCCCACUAAAGAUUUCGACCGUGGACGUUCGCCACUGUGGAAGAUGUGUUUCUCGUUAGGGAUACAUUCUCUCAGUCCAGCCGUAGGCGAUACCGUUUAAAAAAAAAUUGCUUUAUAUGGCUGCUGGAUCGGUGUAAAUACAUAACAACGGAUAGUGUAUGUAAACAUGUGACAUUUGCUCUCUCGGACUUCGUACGUGACUGCUACCAUGAAACAGUUUCGACGUACUUGCUGAAUAGUCAACGUGGUUCGCGCUAGAGUUGCGGUGCGUCUGUUUCUCAGUUUCCUGACGCGAGUGCAACGAAAAACGAUACAACUGGGAUAUAUUACCUCAUUCUCCAAGUUUGGAUUAUGCAGCUGAAAUAGACGCAGAGGCCGUCCUAUGAGCGCAGCCGCCGGGUGACGCCGCCGCGGCCAUGGAGCAGCAGCCUCAGCACCAGGUGCAGCUGUCUCACGACGCCAGCGCCGGGCAGGCGGCACAGCAGCAGCAGCAACAGCAGCAGCAGCAGCAACAGCAGCAGCAGCAGCAGCAGCAGACGGUGGUGGCCGUGCACCAGCAGCACCAGCAGCAGGCCGUCAUGGUACCCACCAGCGGCAUGCAGCAGAUAGCGCAGCAGGUGGCGGUGUCGAUGCAGCAGACGCCUACGGCCAUCGCGCCGGCGCCGACCCCGCAGCAGCAGCAGCUCCAGCAGGCGCAGCAGACGCAGCAGCAACAGCAGGCGCAGCAACAGGCUCAGCAGCAGGCACAGCAGCAGGCGUCGCAGCAGCAGGUGGUGGCCGGAGCGCCCGCCAUCACCACCAUGUCGACGCUGCACCAGCCGCUGGCACCCGCGACGCCCCAGCCCCAGGCCGCAGCCCCGCAGCAGGUCCACGAGUGGGGCCACGGCAGGGUGCAGGUGAUCCAGCAGCCGCUGCAGAACCCGGCCUACCUGCAGCAGCUGUACAACACGCAGGGCCAGCUGCUGGUGCCGGGCAACCUGCAGCUGCACCCGGCGCCGCCCGGCAUCAGCCCCUCCUCCAUACACGUGAUCGCCGCGGGCAAACCGUUUCCGGCCAACCAGCUGCCGCCGCAGAUGAUCACCGCCCAGAAGUCGGUGCUGCAGGGGCAGGCAGCAUCUUUCCCUGGCUACGCGACGAUACCGACGACGACGAACCAGACGCUGGUAAUCAGCCAGCUGGGUGUGAUCAGCAACCAGCCCAACAUCCUUCCGGCUCACUCCGCGGCAGGGGGGAAGCCCACUGACGUGCAGAAGACGGCGUACGGCGGUAAUGCGGCCGCCAGUCGGCGCUCUCCGCACGCCGGCAAGUACCAGCAGGCUCCCGGGCGGCAAGCGCUGCAGGCGUCUCGACCCGGCGGUUCGCAGCACCAGCAGGCGGUGCGGCAGGUGGCGGCGAGCCAGGCGCACCACGGCCACGCGCAGCAACCGCCACACUCGCAGCACGCCGUCGCGUCUUCGGGCUUCGUGGUGUCGCAGCCGCAGGCGCAGCAGCUGGUGACGACGCAGGCCCCCUCGGUGCUCGGCGCGGGACAGGCCCAGUUUCUGUCGCCCAUCCAGGGCGCGGCGCAGCCGAUGCAGUUCUCGCCGUGGCAGUUCGCGGGCACGACGGGGCUACCGCAGGGCAUCGCCUGGGCGGCCACGACGCCCGGCGCGCUGCAGUCGAGCACGGCGCUCUUCUCCGCGCAGAACCCCAUCUUCAUCAGCCGCAGCGGUCCGGGCGCCCCGGGCGGGGACCCGAACGCGACUGCGGCGAGCGUCUUCCUGCAGAGCCCGCCCCCACAGCUGCAGCAGCACUCCCAGCUGGCACAGGCAAGUGUGCAGAGCGUGACGCAGGUGGCAGCCGCCCCCGUCCAGGGGAAGGCGGGGGCCGGCGGCGGCGGCGGCGGCGGCGGCGCGGUGGCGGGCGGUGGGCGGCAAGCGGCGGCCGGCGUGGGGCCCGCCGCGGGCGGCACCCAGCUGCUCGAGGUGGCCGGCAUUCAGCCGAAGACAGUGAGUACCGCGAGGCCCCUCUCUUUGGACGUAGCGAGGCGGGUGCGUCCGCUGUCCAACAUCCUGCCCUCGACCGCGACGGCGACUACAAACAGGCCGGCGGCGUCAGUGUCGACGCAGACGGGUGGCAGUGUGACGGCGUCCCAGAUGAGCCAGGCGCAGGUGCAGACGCAGAAGGUGCAGAUGAAGGGGCGCGCCAAGCCGGGCCUGAGCAGAGUCUCGCCUGCACCUGCAGUCGCCCAGAAGGCCGACGCCGCCAACCAGACGAAGCCGCAGGGCGUCGUCCAGUCGGGCAUGACGCCGCCCAAGAUUCUGCCGAAUACUGCAAUGCCCAUGACACCGGAGAAACAACAACAACAGCAGCAACAGCAGAUGAUCAACAAAACACUACAGCAGCAGCAGCAACAGCAGCAACAGCAACAACAACAGCAGCAGCAGCAGCAGCAGCAAGUGAUGCUGCAACAACAACAACAACAACAACAGCAGCAGCAGCAACAGAUGCAGCAACAACCGUCACCACAACAGCAACAACAGCAACAGCAACACCAACAGCAGCAGCAGAUGCUAGCCCUCCAACACCAGCAGCAACAGCAACAGCUGCAGCAGCAGAUGCUGCAGCUGCAACAGCAGCAGCAACAACAGCUCCAAGCACAGGCGCAAGCGCAGGCACAGGCUCAAGCGCAGGCCCAGGCGCAGGCCCAAGUGCAAGCGCAAGUACAGGCACAGGCUCAGGCGCAAGCUCAAGCUCAAGCUCAAGCCCAAGCCCAAGCCCAAGCCCAAGCCCAAGCUCAAGCCCAGGCCCAGGCCCAAGCUCAAGCGCAGGCACAAGUGCAGGCUCAACAGGUGCAGGCUCAGCAGCAGAUGAUGCAGCAACAACAGGCACAUCAGCAACAACAACAACAGCAGCAACCACAGCAACAGCCUCAGUUGCAACCUCAGCAGCAACAGCAACCACAACUACAGCAGCAGCCACAACAACCACAACAACAACUACAGCAGCAGCCCCAACAACAACAACAAGCACAACAACCCCAGCCUCUGUCGCAGCAGCAGCUACAGCAGCACAUUCAGUCCAAGCUGCCCCAGAUUGUGAUGCCGACCGUGCAGACGCAGACGCAGACGCCGGCUCCCGCCGUGCUGCCGGUGGACACCCGCGGCCCGGCCACGCUGCCCGCCGCCGCGCCGGUCGUCGCUGCCACCGCGGCCGCCCCCGCACCCGCCCCCGCCGCCACGCCUCCGUUGUCUGCUGCCGGCCUGCAACAGCCUGUCGCACACGUGCAGAGCCAGCCGACGUUGGCCGUGCCCGCCACUCCGCCAACGGUGACGCCGUCGCAGACGCUGCCCGUCGCCGUCGCGCCGGCCGCACCGCUCCCGGUGUCCGCCCCCCUCGCAGUCGCGGCCGAGGACGACCGGCAGCAGGCAACCGUGGGGCCACCCACUGCGGACGUGCCCAUCCAGGCGGCAGUCCAGCCGGACGCGGCCGUCGGCCAGCAGCCCAUGGACGUCGACGACCCGGUUGCCGUUUCUGGUUUAGCAGCCACCGGAGUCACUUCCACGAAGGAGGACACGAGGCCAAAGACUCCCGGAAUACCGCCAGCACAGGAGCGCGACAUCCAGCCGGUGACGGCGAUGGAGUGCGACGACGCGCAGGCUGCGGCCGUGCCGGCUGCCCCCCCUCGCCCCGCGGCGGCGGCGACGCCCGCUCCGCCCGGCGCCCUAGCCCCCAACUGCGCGCCACAGCAGACGGACGGCGUCAACGCCAACAUCGCCCCGCCGCCACCCGCGCCCACGCCUGCGCUGCCCACCCUCAAGAGGAGUCGCGGGCAAGAGGUGUUGACGCACGUCAUCGAGGGGUUUGUGAUCCAGGAGUCGUCGGAGCCCUUCCCGUCGCCGCCCCACAGCAGCGAGGACGACGAAGACGACGACGGCCACGGCCGCUGCAGGCCGCCUCGGCCCCCGGCGUCCCCGCCGGCGCGCCCCCUCGCUGCGGUCGGCCUCGACAACCCGGCGCAGCGCGCGGCGUCACCGGACCGGCUGGCGGGAGAGCCUCAGCGCAAGAAGCCGCUGACGGAGGCGGACGCGUCGCGGUGCGAACACUGUGGCAAGACCGGCCUACGGGCAAAAUUCAAGAAGAGGUUCUGCACGCCGUCCUGCGCCAAGAGCAGCAAGAGGUCGGCGCUCCAGAGGGCAACGGCCGACGCGGCCGCCGCCGCAUCUGGCGCGGCGCAGGCGCAGGCGCAGACGCGGUCGCGGGCGGUCGGCGAAGGCCCGGCGGCGGCGAACGCGAACGGCGACGGGGAGGUGCGGCGGCCGCUGCACCAGCAGAUCCUGACGCCGGCCGACCAGCGCGAGUGGCUGCGCGGUGCCAAGGACUGGAACGCCACCGGGGCGAGUGCGCCGACGCGAUCGUCUUCGUCGGCGUCGACAGCGCCGCUGGGAGCCGAGAGCGCGGGUGACGAGACGGAGGACUCCGGCGCGGAGAGCUUCGGCGCCGACAGCGGCGUGCACGCGGGCCUCGCGGCACCCGGCUCUGGCGCCGCGUCCGCCGUCAUGGACGAGCAGUCGCAGGACAGCUGGGCCAGCUCGAACAAUGCCGGCACUGACAACAACGGCAACCCCGCCACCGCCGCCAACAACAACAACGACGCUGCCGCGAACCGGCACCCCAAGGUCAACCCGCUCAAGUGGUCGGUGACGGAGGUGUGCGAGUUCAUCAAGGGGCUGCCCGGUUGUGCAGACUACGUAGAGGACUUCGCCAUCCAGGAGAUCGACGGGCAGGCUCUGAUGCUGCUCAAGGAGGACCACCUCAUGUCAGCCAUGUCGAUGAAGCUCGGCCCCGCGCUCAAGAUCUGCGCCAAGAUCGACACGAUGCGCGGCGCCGUAGGCGAAGGUGCACCUGCGGCCAACGGCCCGGCGGUCGGCGUCCCCGUCUCUGGCCCUACCGAGUAGCUGCUGUCCGCGUCGGCGUGUCGAGAGCUCUCGCACCGGGACAGAGCGUGACGACGUAUCCGGGCGAAAGUUUGCGAGCGUAAGAGGUAGCCUCUCCCAGUUCGACAUUUCAGCGACGAGAUACCUCGAUAGCUUCCUGCCGUCGUGUGCAUUUAAUACUUUCGGGAUCGGCACUGUACAGCGGCAGAGAGUGUGACCCAGACGGGCCGUGGGAGGAAUACGUGAGACAUCUAAUGCCUCCAAAUCUCUGUGAAACGUGCAGAAUUUCAGUUCGGCAUUUCUAGUUAGGCGACAUCCAUCUACAGUUUACCUCUCCUGCGGGGGCCGCUCUCAAAAUGGCAUCCUUCGGACCCAUAUUUGUAUCCCCUUUCUCAGUGAGAGAUCUUUCGGAGUACAGUCGACAGUGCGACACGUGUGAAUUUGUGCUGGGAAAUUUAAGGGUUACAAAUUGUAUACACACUCUCGUCGGUACCGCGGGGGUUUAAAUGGCCACAGAUUCACGCGUAAUACUCCUCGUAGAUGACUGUGGCCCUAAGUUUCCGACGGCCUCAGUCCGAAGGCUGACGGAGGACUUUUCACAGCUGUGGCUGUCGGUAACUCGGACGGGGGAUAGUGGCAGCUGUGAGGUGUCGGCCAGAGCACUCCUGAAGUGCACGGCACAUUCAGAAGGGAGCGAGUGUGUCACGGCAGGCUCUGCGUACGGGACGGAGACUGCCACUGCACUGACUGUACGUUUGGACAAUCCCCUGCCCCCUAUGGUCACAAAUUGCAACAUUUGGUGAAAUCUCGACUGGGCUACCGACAUACCUCUAAUGUUACACUUUUAACGAAACUCGUGGCUCGCAGUGUUGAAAGUAGAACUUAUUUAUCUUGCAAGUGCUUUGUAUUUGUGUGCUACUGUGACUAGAAAUUUCAUUAAUUCCACACUACCACACACGUGUACUCUAUUCUGAAUACUACUUUCAGAUUACUUGACAAUUGUGCUAGUUUUGAGCUAAUUUUGUGCAAGCCAGAUAAACCUACCUUUUACUGGAUGCCAUUACAUGUGGUUCCAGUGACAUCUUUGACACCUGUAUUCCUGUUUUGCAGGAAAAAAGUGUACUCCAAACUACUGUAACAUAUGUUCCUUUGUGACAGACAUGUUCCCAUUCUGAUCAGUUAUUAUUGACAAUGAGGCUGAGGAAAUGGGUCCAAAGGAGAAAUGGAAGCAGCAUUUUGUUUGCUGGGGAAAGGAGUGUGUUUCGUAAUCGAAACGGUUCUGUAAUUUGUGUAGAUUUUUCUCGAUCAGCAUGUUACUUAUUAAGAGAUGUGUGUUUUAUGUUUAUUGUGUAGGAAAAUGUAAAGGACUUCAUCGGCUGUGACAUGAUAUGUUGACUGUUUGUAUAUUUUUUCCUCGUUUUUUUUUUUUUUUUUUUUGGACGCUGUAGCAGUAGAUUUGUUGUUCAUUUGUAUACAUUUACAACUUGUAUGUUUAUCUGUGUGUGUGUGUGUGAGAGAGAGAGAGAGAGAGAGAGAGAGAGAGAGAGAGAGAAAAUCAUAAAAUUUGGUGGUGCACAUCAUGUUUUGCUUCCACCGAAUAACACUGCCAACCACCUCCUUAAUGUAACGACUGACUGCUCUCAGCAGUCGUCCUGUGACCGCCAAAGAGAAGGCUUUCUGACUGAAGUGUGGAUGCUAGCGAGGCCUCAGUUCGGUCUGCAACGGGAAGCCGGAGCACUGCCUGGAGUUCCCUCAAGCUAUUUGUCUGUGUGAGGCUAAUGUCCUUGUAUAAUUAGUGUCGGACGCUUCCAACAGGCUACUGUGAGCGAGCAAAGUAUUUGUACGAGGAAAUGCUCACUGUACCGGGUUUUCCUAGUUGUAGGCUGUGGCAGCAAAAGUGCAAAGCUGGAGGACACAGCAAAAAACUGACUAUGCAAUCUUUCCACUGGGAUGCAAAAUUUGCUUAUGUUACUGGUAUGCAGUUCAUUAUUACAGUGAAGGUCAACAUUUUUAGCAUUCAGCACACGAAUGAACUUUUCGUGUUGCAGGUGCAGAAUUUGCUAGUGCAGUUAUGCGGGCAGGUUACAGAAGCUCGCCACUAUCUUUUCCUCGCCUUGUAUAAAUGAUCAGGACUGGGCUCGUAAAUGGUUUCGGUCUUUGACAGAAAGGAUGUAGUCGACAUUUAAAAAAAAAGAAAAAAAAAUAUCCUACUGUGGAACGCACAAUAAUGAUAUUUAAAAAUUGGAUUUUUAAAGCCGUGUACAAAAGUGAAAUAAUACAGCGUGAGGUCGCUCAGCUGUCGAGACAGUAGAUGCCGUCUGGGGCCGGUGUCGGUUGAGUCCCCACAGAGCCGUCCAGAUUUAGGUAUUCUUUAGUUUACCUAAACCGUGUGAGGUGAACGGUGGGAUGUCCCUCUGAAAAGGACAGGGACGUGGCGGGAGUGCCCGACAUUCGUGCGGAGGCCGAACUGAGGCUGCGAGGCAAACGGGGUGGCAUUACUCUUGUGGGGCGCACCUCUCGCAAGAGCUGACGUCACGAGUGUGCGCUCGGCAUUUUUUGAAAUUACUGUGUAAACUUAGGUUUUUGAAUAUUGUACAGAUAUGUAACAAAAUAAAAGGUGACACGGCAGUGCUCGUGUCGGGCAUCCGAGUGCACAAUUUGUACUUU